AUGACACACUCUGGAUUUAGAAUCCAACCAGACUGGGAUAAAGCAUUGAGUGAAAACUCAAAGUACAUAUGGUUUCAUCAGUACGAUAGCGUGUCUACCAAGUAUCACAAGUUGGAGUACCGAGGUGGCUCUUUGGUACCUGAAAAUAAGGAGGUCGCAUGCAAUUUGGUUUCACAGAACCUGUUGCACCUAUCAUCACAAAAUCCCAAGGUUAAUAAGUUUUUUCAGUCCCCAGAUUCCUCGUAUGAUCUUUUGAAUUCUACAGCAAAAAAUCCUCGUUCACACUUAUCAUCCUUUGAUGUUAGUCCUAGUGGUGAGUUAUUCAUUGCUUCUUUCAGUGGACCGUCGCUAAAACUAUAUGAGUCUCAUACCGGGAUUGUUCGACGAUCUCUUGAAGGACAUGUCGGCGAUAUAUGUACAUCUAAAUUCUUCCCCUCAGGUCUAGUCGCACUUACAGCUGGUAGUGAUAUGCAAUUGAAAAUUUGGUGUCUUGUUACCGGUCAGUGUGCAGCUACUCUAGCUCCAAGAUAUGCUGGUGCAGUGACGGGAGUUGAUUAUGGUGGUAAAAAUGAACCAGGAGGUCAUAGAGCUGGAAUUUCGGACACUGCAAUCAUUGAUCGUGGUCGUAAUAUUGCUUCUAUAGACAAAUUAGGAUGGUUAAGACUGUGGGAUGUAGCUACGCAAACUUGUAUAUCAGGUAUCCCAGUAACACCUGGUGCUCUUGAUGUGCGUACUGCCUCAUCAGUUGUUUUAGAAGAAGUUACAUGCUUAGCCAUCCGAAAACAUCCAAGUUUACCGAUUCAAUCAACUGGUCUACAAGAUCCAUGGUAUGAAGUACGAGAAACAUCUUCAACAAUAGCACAAGAAGUCGCUACAUCAGACGCUUUAGUCGCUGUAGGGACAGGCGCUAACGCAUCAGUUCGUUUGUAUGAGUUAGCAAAUCGUCAGAAAGGUUGUGUUGCACAGCUUACGCUUCCAAGUGCCAAUGGACGUUUAGAAUCCUGUGCUUUCCCAGAAGAAGUACCUAUCGCAUUUUCCAAAGAAAUUCAACUGAUUGAUGUGCCCAGAAGUUGUGUCUCUAAUUUUAGAGAUUAUGGGCUUUUUGCUGGCAGUCAGCAUGGUGAAUUAACUUCCUGGGAUAUACGGCAAACUAGAGGACCAUUGUGGGAACUUACAUAUGAAAAAGGUUCUGUUCAACAUAUACGUGUAUGCAGGAGACCAAAUUGUCAAUAUCUGCUAGUAGUAGUCUGUCGAAGUGACGGUCGCACGCUCAUCUAUCCCUAUGAUCCAGCAGUGGCACAGGGUGACACCCCUAUGUCCACUAGUCUUGAACUGACUGGAGUGAAUUGUGAACCUAUAUGUGGACUCUCAAUGGUGUAUCAACCAUCUGGAGAACUGAGUGUUUGGACUGCUGCUCGCGGUGGGACAGUUAACAAAUAUACAAAACUACUGGAUGAAAUAGCAUUUAGAAGCAUUUGAAUAACCAUGUUCAUACUAGGGACUAUC